AUGCUAGCACUGCAAGCAUAUUUUCCAUCACUACGGCCACCGAAUUGUGACACUUCAAAGCAAUGGAGCAACUGUGAGCCUCUUCAUGGCCACAAGGCUGUUAUCCUUUACAUUGCCUUAUAUAUUAUGGCAUUAGGGAAUGGGUGUUUCAGAGCUAACCUUCCACCUUUCGGGGCAGAGCAAUCCAGUGAAAAUGAUGAUGACGACCAGACAUCAAAUUCUUCAUCAUCAUUGCCGCGGUGGCGGCGGCACAAGUCUAGUAGUUACUUCAAUUGGCUCAACUUAAGUACUGUGGCUGGAAAUAUAAUUAGCCUAAUUUUCAUAGUUUGGGUUCAGAAGAACUAUGGAUGGGCACAAGGCUUUGCUCUAUCUGCAGCUGUUCAGCUACUUGGAGUCUUGGUGCUUGCUUCUGGUUUAUUGUUUUAUCGUAACCAAAUGCCUAGAGGAAGCCCUCUAACUCGAAUUUUGCAGGUUUUGGUGGCUGCAUUUAGAAAAAGAAAACUUGGAUUACCUGAGAAUGAAGAGGAGCUGCACCAAGAGAGAUCCAAUGAAAACGUGGUGGAUGAGAUGCUUUCACACACAGAGGGCUUCAAAUUCCUAGAUAAAGCUUCAAUUUCGAUAUUCGGCGGCUCUAAUAUGAAAUGGGCCCUUUGUAGCAUGAACCAAGUAGAGGAGACAAAGAUAGUUUUGAGAAUGCUCCCAAUCUUCAUCAGUGCUGUACUUGCUUACAUUCCAAUCCCACAACUCUUGGCUUUCACUAUCCAGCAAAGUAACACAAUGGACACUACUAUGCUGGGAAAACUCAUGAAGAAUAAUAUUAAUGUCUCUCCAGUUACUCUCAUUGCAGUCCCCAUGGUUAUGCAAAUGGUUUUUCUUGUUAUCUAUGACAGACUAUUCGUGCCAUUCGCGAGGAAGAUGACCGGAUAUCGAACCGGCAUCACUCCCUUGCAACGCGCAGGCGUAGGCUUCAUGGUAGUUUCAUUAGGAACUGGUACAGCUGCCUUGAUAGAGAAGAGAAGGAAAAGAAUUGCAAGGCAGUAUGGAUUAAUAAUGGAUGAUCAUCAAGUGCCCAUGUCUAUAAUGUGGCUUGGGCCACAAUAUUUUUCUAUAAUGAUAACUGAUGUUUUCACAUAUGUUGGAUUGCUAGAGUUCUUCAAUAUUGAAGCAUCAAGAGGAAUGAAAUCACUGGGUUCUGCUAUCUUCUCAUGUGUCUUAGGCUUGGCAUCCUUUCUGGGUUCUGUUCUAGUGGAUGUACUAAACAAAGCCACAAGUUCAACUGGAACAAAUAAUAUUGGAUGGCUUGGGGGAAACAAUUUGAACAAGAAUUAUCUUGACCAUUUCUAUUGGCUGCUUUCCAUCCUUGGCUUGGUAGGGUUUUUCAACUAUUUGUAUUGGGCAAAGAGUUAUGUGUAUAAGAGAAAUAAGCUUAUUCGAAUGGAAGAUGGCUGA